GUCGACUUGUGGAUCUGGCGCCUCAGCAUAUCCUCGUUCCCACUCAGCAUAGCAUAGCAUUGCAUCAACCAGACGUAACAUUGUUAGGAACUGGACUUCAGAACGGAUCCUUCGCCUGAAGUUUCACGGGAUCGCUGCGCCGCAAUAUGGCACCCGACGCUACUGCCGGACCUUCGGUCCAAGACGGCGAUGAGGAGAUUGACUUUUCCGACAUUGUCGCUCGCUUUGCAAUCAAGUUCGAUGAAGGGUUGGACGAUGUGAUUGUGGUGGAUAAUGUUCCUCAGAUCAUGCAGGACAGGCAACAACGUUUGUUCGAGACGAUCAUCAAGAGAUUCAAGAGCCAUGCUGGAAUUGACGUGCCCAUCGAUGGAAUGCACAUCCCGUACGGCGAAGAUGGAAACAGCAAGGGAUACAUCUUUAUCGAGCUGCGCUCUCCUGCAGAUGCCACUCUGGCGUGCAGAUUGAUGGAUGACUACCCUUUCGACAAGCGACACAGAUUCGCAGUAAACCGCUUUACCGAUAUCGAAAAGCUUGCGAACCUGGACGAAGAGUAUCAGGAACCUCCUGCUGAGGAGUACCAAGAUCGCGAGCACCUCAAGAGCUGGCUGCUCGAUUCUUCCGGUCGCGAUCAGCUCGUCAUGUGCCGCAACGACGAUGUGCAAAUCGCUUGGCACAACCGAAGCAGUCCGCCUGAGAUCGGUCACGAGCGUCAGCGCUGGACCGAAUCAUACGUGCAAUGGUCGCCCCUGGGAACUUUCCUUACGACCUUCCACAGGCAAGGUAUUGCGCUUUGGGGCGGUGCAUCCUGGGAACGUUUCAUGAGAUUCGCCCAUCCUGGCGCUCGCCUUGUCGACUUUUCUCCCAACGAAAAGUACAUGGUCACCUGGUCUCCCGAGCCCAUCGCCAUUCCUGAUGGCGCUCCUCAAGGCCCUCAAUUCUUUGCGCCGGACGACGAGGGCAACCGGGUCGCAGUGUGGGACGUGCGCACUGGCCACCUGCUUCGUACCUUCCCUGUUGCUCAACAAGGCGAACAGGGCAAGGGAGGCGCUGCUGCGCCUGCUUUUCAAUGGCCCUUGCUGAAGUGGGCUGGAGACGACAAGUACUGCGCUCGAGUGGUACCCGGCAAGCAGAUCAGCGUCUACGAGCUGCCUACUAUGGGUCUGCUCGACAAGAAGAGCAUUGCAAUCGAAGGUGUUGUCGAUUUCGAGUGGUGUCCUCUGAGCGACAAGGACAAAGAUGCGAUCGAGGCGUGGGGAGAUGGGACCAACCCCGCCAAGGGAGCUCGCAAGCCCAGGGAAAACAUGAUCUGCUUCUGGCUGCCCGAGGUUGCGAACCAACCUGCUCGCACUUCCGUCAUGUCGAUCCCCUCCAGAGACAUUGUCAGAUCCAAGAAUCUGUUCAAUGUCUCGGAUGCCAAGAUCCACUGGCAUCCGCAAGGAGACUACCUUUGCGUCAAGGUUGACCGUCACACAAAGACUGGAAAGUCUCUCUUUUGCAAUUUUGAGCUCUUCAGGAUGCGGGAGAAGGAUUUCCCCGUCGAGUCUGUCGAGCUCAAAGACCCGGUCACUGCAUUCGCUUGGGAACCCCAAGGUUCUCACUUUGCCGUCAUUUCGUCCAACGACCCCAACCUUGGUGUGCAAGCACCGGGCAUCACCGUCAAGACGCAGCUUAACUUCUUCCACAUCGAUCCCAAGAAGGGCGACUUCCGCCUGCAAAAGAUGAUCGAUGGAAAGACGUUCAACACCGUCUUUUGGUCGCCCAAGGGUCGUCACGUCGUCGUAGCUACGCUGGGCAGCGGACAAAAGUUCGACCUGGAGUGGUACGAUGUCGACUUUAAUUUGGAGCUGAGACAGGGCAACGCGGCUACUGAUGCGGCUGAAGAUGUCAAGCUGAUCGGAUCUGGGGAGCACUACGGCAUCACUGAUCUGGAGUGGGAUCCCUCGGGUCGCUUUGUGGCGACCAGCGCAUCCGUCUGGAGACAUACCUUGGAGAACGGGUAUGCAAUUUGGGACUUUAAGGGGCAAGAGCUUCAAAAGCACGUGCUUGACCGUUUCAAGCAGAUUCUCUGGAGACCUCGACCUCGCUCGUUGUUGAGCAAAGAUCAGAUGAAGGCGGUCAGGCGCAACCUGCGCGACAUCGGCAAGCAGUUCGAGGCAGAGGACGAAGCGGAAGAAUCUCAAUUGGCGCUGAAGAAUAGAGAAUUGUACGAGCGCGUGCUGGAAGAGUGGCGCGCUUGGCGCUCUAGAGCGAAGAAGGAGUUGGCGGAGAUGAGACAGGACUUGGGAAGAGAGGUCGUUGCGCUGCCCGAACAGCUGGAGGAGGAAGCGACCGAGACGGUGCAGGAAUGGUUGGAGGAGAUUCUCGAGGAGACUGAAGAAGUCAUCGUUGGUUGAUCCGCACGUGCAUCUCAUCCAUCGCGCGCUUACCCUCCCAGUCCCCUGUAUGCCCUUCCCUUGCUCGCACUUGCCCCAAGAAGCUCAACUUCGCGACAUGGCCUUGUCACGUGUGUGUACCUCUUGUCAAUGUCAUGCCCUUCACAUCCAUUUCUCUCGCCUGGGGUCCGGAAUGAAGGGAAACGCAUCAAGCAUCCGUACAGGCGAGUCGAGCUUGAAGCCUACUUGUCAUUGUUCCAGUCUUUUGAGUGUGUUGCGUGUGCCAAGGAACAGGU